AUGGCGGCGGCCGAGGUGGACGUGGCCUAUCUUUCGACCCAGGUCGGCGUACCUGAUUCCGAUCUGAACACCGCCCUUACCGCGCCGACUCCAGACCUGGUCAAGAUUAUAUUCGCUGCCAUAAUAACUAAGAUCCGUGCUCUCGAGGAGGACAAGUUCCAGCUGGGAAUUGAGCUGGAAGGCGCCAUCCGAAGCUCAGAGUCGCGCUGUGAGCAGUUCAAGGCCACCACCGACAAGGCCCUCAAAGAAGUUGACGAGCUCCAGACCAAACGGCGGUCUAUAGAGAACGAGCUACAGACCCUCAAGUCCUCGGGAUCGGCCUCCCUUUCCGAAAUCGAAACCCUCCGUGCGCGUAUUGCCUCGCUCGAGACUUCGAACCGCGAAACCCUUGCCAUUGUCGACUCCAAGACCCAGGCCCACGCUAGACUGGCCGAGGAGCUCCAGGAUCAGCAUAAGAAGAUCCUCAAGCUCAACCAGGAGGUCACAUCGCUCAAUCAGGCUGUACAAACCGCACAGACUGCCGCCAAUUCCGCAAAGUAUCGUGAGGAGGCCCUGAAGCAGGAACUGGAGCAGGCGAGACGCACCAACGACUGGCUCGAUAACGAGCUCAAGACAAAGAAUGCCGAGGCGAUCAAGUUCCGCAAGGAGAAGGGUGCCCGCAUCGCCGAGCUGCAACGCCUAAACGACGACGCCAACACGACUGUCGAAUCUCUCACUAGAAGCGAGCAGGUUCUCCGCAAGCGACUCCAGGAGGCACAAGAGAAGGCCGAGGAGGCCUUGACAAAGGUCCAGCAACUUCAGGAAGCCGCUGCGCGUACCGAGGAGGAUUUCAAGCAAGAGCUCGAAUCCGCCAAGCGCCUUGUUGAGCUCAAGGAUCAACAGUCCGAGACUCAUCGUAAUCGCUUGAAGGAGGUCGAGUUGAGACUGGAGCAGAUCAAGGACGACCACGCCGACGAGAUCAGACGCAUCAGACGUGAGCUCGAGCAAGAAAAGGAGGAUCACGCACAGACGGAGCAGCGCGCCCAGGAGCUGCAGAAUCAAGUUGACCGUAUCAAGGCGUCCGGUGAUUCUCGCGGUAGAUCUCCCGGCGCUGGACCUCAAACUCCCAGGGGUGACGGCUCCUUUACCGCUGCUCGUGCCGGAUCUCCCUUCGGUACUCCGCUCUCCAUUCGCGGUAGAGCCGGCCAGCGUGCUACUGAUGCUCUUGAGGAGCUUUACAAUGUCAAGGGCCAGCUUGCUGGCGAGAAGCGCCGUUGCAAGAAGCUGCAGGAAGAACUGGAUGAUGCCGUUGCUAUGCUCGAAGCCAAGAUGCCUGAAAUCGAUGAGCUCAAUGCAGAGUCGGAACGCCUCAAGAACGAGACCAUCCAAAUGUCACAACUCCUGGAGCAGUCAUAUGAGGAGCGUGACCUUGCCGUCAAGACCCAGAGGAAGGCCGAGGCACUUGCGGCUACGGCCCAAGCCGAGGUCAAGAUUCUCCGUGGGCAGCUGCGUGAUUUAAGCACGCAAGUCCAUGUUCUCUGCUUCAAUAUUCAUGCUAAGGAGAAGGGUCUCGAUAAGUUGACAGAGGAAGAAGCCGCCAAGUUCGAGAGGCUCAAGAGAGGCGAAGUUACUGAGAAUGCCCUGGACGACAUGUCGGAUACUCACCAGUACAUUACCGAGAAAUUCGUCGCUUUCAAGGACAUCUACGAGCUGCAGGAGAAGAACCAGGAGCUCUUGCGUGUGGUUCGUGACCUUGCGGAUAAGAUGGAGAACGAGGAGGCCAGGGCUGAGAAGCAGCAAGCAGCGCAGGAUCAUGAGGAGGUCCAGCAACUUCGUACUGUUGUCACGACCCUUCAGGACGAGGUCAAGUCGAUUACGGUACGCAUGAAGAGCUACAUGACAGAGAGAGACAUGUUCCGUCGCAUGCUCCAACAACGAGCCAAUCCUGCCGAGAUUCGCGCUGCCCUGGGCGAGGAUGUAAGUCAACGUGAAGUUCUCGCUAGCAUCGAGCAAAACUCCGCCGAAGAUGCCGACCUCGCCGCCGCCUAUAGGGAGCUACAGGCACAGUACGACUCUUACCGAAACGACCAAACGACUGAACACAAGUCUCUUAAGGAGCAAAUCGACAAGCUGUCUUCGGAGAAGGGCUCACUUCAGGCUGAGAUUGCUAAGGUCUCCAGCCAGCUUACGCUCGCUACGGAACGCUACAGCAUGUUGGAAUCCAACUUCAAGGCAGCUCAGAGUGAGAAUCAGGAGCUACAAAAGAGAAACCAGGCCUUGUCCGAGUGUGGUGUCAAGCAAGACCUGCGGGUACAGCAAAUUGCUGAGGAUCUGGUUGAUGCUCGUGGCUUGGCUGAGAGCCUCCGCAGCGAGAAUGCCAACCUCAAGGCGGAGAAGAACCUGUGGAAGACGAUCCAGGAGCGCUUGAGCCAAGACAACGAGAGUCUUGCACAGGAGAAGGCAAGACUUAACACCCUCUUGACCAGCCAACAAUCCCUUCUCAAUGAGCGCGAACUCAGCGAAUCUGAGACAAAGCGCAGACAACAAACCCAGAUCGACACCCUUGAGGCUGAACUCUCCACCACUAAGCGCAAGCUUUCUGAAGAGAUGGAGGAGAGCAAGAAGCUUCAGCUCAGGAAAGAGUUCGACUCCCAACAAUAUCAGAAACGCAUCGAUGAGCUUACUGCUAUGAUCAGUCAGGUCAAGGAGGAGAAUGUGGCUGCCAAGACUACUCGCGAUCAUCUUCAGGCUCGCGUUGGUGAACUUGAGGUUGAGCUUCGUAACGCGCAAGAACGUGCCGACCGUCUCCGUCCCCUGCCGACACCCAGGGCCCAGCCUGCUGAGCAGGGAUCUACCGAUGAUGAUUCCCAGGCUCGUAUCGAGGAGCUCGAGAAUGAGGUCCAGGAUCUUAAGAACAACAUCGACUUGCUCAACGCGCAGCUGGAGAAUGCUAAGCAACAGUGUGAUAACUUCAAGCAGCUCAGCCGCGAGAUGGAGGAAGAGCUUACAAGCGCGAACGAGACCCAAGAGCAAUACCGACAACAGAUGGAUGCGGAUCUCGCAGCCAAGGACAGCAGGAUCAACGAACUGCAACAGCGUGUUGAAGGCCUUACGGUCGAGCUGGGCAAUUCCAACAGCGAGCUUAACACGCUUCGCGAUUCCCAGGCUGAUUUCGCCCGCAAGUUUGAAGAUAAGGAGCGCAUGCUCAACAGUGAAAUCGCGCGUUUGAAGGAUGAGGAGGAGAGAUAUAAGGAAGCCUUCAAGUUCCAUCAGCAAGACUUGCGGGCCCAGGCAGAAAUUGCCACCAAGGCCCAACAGGACUAUGAGCAAGAACUCGUGAGACAUGCAGAGGCGGCUAAGCUGCUUCAGCAGCUUCGGGAAGAGCAUAACCAACUCAGGAGUCAUUCUGCUCAAUGGAGGGCUGAGGCUGAGUCGGCAAAGCUUUCUCUUGCACAGAGUGAGCAGUCUUGGGAGGAGCGCAAACAGCAGCUCGAACAAGAGAUCACUGAGAUCAAGGCGAGGAGGGACGACCUCACUGCGCAGAACAAGCUUCUACACCAACAGCUUGAUGGUGUUACCUCUCAGAUCAGCGCUUUGCAGCAAAGCCGUUCCGCAAUGGAUGAUUCCGCCGAAGGCACGCCGAUUUCUGCCAACGAUAAUGCCGUGGAAGGUCUUCGGGAACUCAACAACUACCUGCGUCGCGAGAAGGAGAUCCUUGAGGUACAGUUCGAUCUCAAGGUACAAGAAGCGAAGAGACUUCAGCAGCAGCUCGAGUAUUCUCAGUCGCAGCUCGAUGAAGCACGUCUCAAGCUGGAUCAGGAACGUCGCUCUCAAGCUGAUAGCGCCAGAAACUCACUUACUCACAAGGAGUUGAUGGAUAAGCUGAACGAGCUCAACCUGAUCCGUGAGAGCAAUGUCACGCUCAGGAACGAGAACCUGCGAACCCAGGCACAACUCGCGAUGAAGAACCGGAAGAUUGAAGAUCUCGAAAACAAAAUUCAACCUUUGGAAGCCAGGAUUGGUGAGCUCGAGCUUGACAAGACGUUUAAGGAGGCGGAAGUCAAGCAACUGCAAGAAGCCCGCGAUGGCCUACAGAAGAGAAUCGAGUCCAUCCUGAGCAAAUACGGCCAGGCUGAUCCUCAGGAAGUCGAACAGCUCAAGGCUUCGGUCGAAAGCCUGCAAGCUGAGCGUGAAGCCUUCAAGCAAGCCGAAGCCGCCCUCGAAGAGAAGCUCAAGGAGGCUGAGACGAACCUGGAGACUGAGCGGACCAACUGGAAGAAUAUGCGGGCACGACUUGCAGAGGACUUCAAGACGCGCUUCGGGAACCGGCUGUCGGCCGUCGAGAAGGAUCUGGAGUCUGCCAGACAGGAGCUGGUAAACUUGCAGACGCAUAACGCACUGCUUCAGGAACAGCAUGCGCAGGCCGCAGUGGCACCUGCAGAGCAGCCCGUUCCUGCCGUUGCCGCUACUCCUGUAGAACAAGAUCCCCAGCUUCAGCAGCAGCUGGAUGCGCUUAGACAAGAACUGGAGUCGGUCAACUUACAGAAGGCCACAGUUGAGACCGAACUCGAAGGUCUCAGGGCGGAACUGGCCACUACAAUCACUGAGCGUGACGAAGCCCGCGCAGAUGUUGCACGUCUACAAGCUUCUUCGAACGGUACGGACACGGAGAUGCAAGACGUUGAGACGACCCACCCUGCUUCUGCCCCGGCACCAGCACAAGAGGACACCGGCCUCUCGGAUGAGGAGCGGAAGGCGUUGGAGGAGAGAAUUAUCACCGCUGAGGCGAAGGCUGCCGAGUUUGAGGCCAAGGCCAAGGACUUGGAAGAACGCGCCGAUGCCAUUGUUAAGCAGCGUUCUGAGAAGAUGAAGACUGCGCUGAACAAGAAGCUGGCCGAGUCGAAGGAGGCCAUGGAGAAGCAGACUCAGGAGGAGAGACAGAAGCUGCAGGCUGAGUACGACCUCAAGCUUCAACAAGAGCUCGCCAUCUUGAAGGCCGAGCAAGCGAGCGGGGUGCCUCAGAAUGGCGUGCCGGCGACUCCAGCAAAGCCUCCCACUGCCCAAACUGCACAAACCCCAAUUGCCGGUACUCCUGGUAGUCUCCCGGAUCUCGCCAAUCUUACCGACCAGCAGACUCGCGAGCUCAUUAGCUCCAACCAGGUGAUCAUGGGUAUCAUCAAGAGCAACGUUAAGAAGAAUAUUGCCGCCGAGUCAAAGAAGGUGCGCGAGGAAUUGGAGACGACCGUCAAGGCCGAGUAUGAGCAGAAGAUUGCCUCUGCUAAGGAGCAAGCGGCCGCUCUGACUGAGAAGAAAUCUGCCCUGCGGCUCAACAUGCUCGACCGUCAGCUCAAGACCGAGAAGGCCAAGACGGCUGUCGUCGAGACCGCGGCAAAGGAAACGCCGCAGAAGCCCGUUGUCGAAGUGUGGGAAGUUGCAAAGGUUGCUAAGGCGCCCGCCCCGGCUCCGGCACCACCGGCGCCCACACCUGCCACUGGCCAGCAACCGGCGACCCCCCUGAACGCCGGUGCUGUAGUAGUGAAAUCCGCUCCUGGAGAGGAGACCAAGCCUCAGAUCCCCCCGACCCCAGCCAACAAGGCGGCACCCGCUCCGGCCAGACAAGGCUCCAUCAUAGCUGGACAGGUCAUUGGUAACCCCUUCAGUCAGCCUGGAGCGAAUCAAUCCCCAGUGGCUACGCAGCCACCUGCCAAUCCUUUCGGUGCCGCACCCCAGCAGCAACAGCAACCACCUGCCACAAACCCCUUCGGUGCUCAACAGCAGCAACAGCCUGGCGGUCAACAGCCACAAGGGCAGCAGCAACAACAGCAACAAGGUGGGCAGCAGUUCCCUGGUGGUCAUCAACAACAACAAAACCAGAACCAACAGGGUAACCGUACCGGUAUCCCAGUGGCUAGAGGAGGCGGGAACCACGCUCGUGGUGGACGUGGCGCAUACGGGGCCCAGGGCCGCGGCGGUCAAGGGCAGCGCGGUCGCGGUGGCUUCGGUGGACGCGGCGGAGCCAACGCCAGUCAAGGAGGUGGCAUGAACCCCCAUGCUGGCGAGUUCCAACCCGGUCAACAAGCCGCUGGCAACAAGAGGCCUAGAGGUGAUGGAGAGGGAGGUAACCAGGGAGGACCCAAGAGAGCUCGUGGUGGAGGUAACGUUGGUGGAGGUGGCGGUGGAGCUGCCGCAGCAGGAGCGGGAGGAGGUGGAAAUGCGGGUCCUGGUGCCGGUGCUGCUUAG